CCUCAUUUCAGACGACUCAGGCCGUCGCUCUUCACCACCACUCUUCCGUUCAUGCUCUACCAAGCUUCUUUCUUCAAUCCUAUCAUAACCCCACCAAUCCUGCUCCCCUUUUCCCCUUCCACCGUUGGUAAUCCUUCGGUGUGCUCCAGUUAACCGCCGCUGCUUCUGUCUUUUUGGCGCAUCGUCCUUCAUUUCCAACUCAUUUCUCCCACCUUUUUCGUCUUCCUGUCACGGCGCGCUCUGGUGUCGCGUCAUCGGUUGGCCAAUCUCCUUUUCCCGCGGCAAGGGGAAAGCCUAGACAAUAGUAGAGCGGGUAGCCGACCAAUUCGUCACCUCUCCCAGCCCCCGUAAUAACAAACGCGCCCACUUCCGUCCACGUAGGCUUCACCUCCUCCUCGCCUUGCAAUCCGUGAAAGUUUCUCCUCCCUUCCUCGCUUUCCCUUCACCCUCGCUACUGUCACUAUGUUUUAUUCAGAAACUUUGUUGUCCAAGACCGGGCCUCUGGCUCGCGUCUGGCUAAGUGCUAAUCUCGAGCGCAAACUCUCGAAAACACACAUUCUACAAUCUAAUAUCGAAUCGUCCGUCGGUGCUAUUGUUGGUCAGGACCAGGCUCCUAUGGCCCUGCGUUUGAGCGGCCAACUACUCUUGGGUGUCGUCCGAAUCUACUCUCGCAAAGCCAGGUACUUGCUCGAGGACUGUAAUGAGGCCCUGAUGAAGAUAAAAAUGGCCUUUCGCCCGGGCGAUGUUAAUUUGCCUGCCGGCGCUACUGCACAUACCGCUGCUCAACUCACGCUCCCCGAUGCCAUCACAGAACUUGAUUUGCUAUUGCCUGACCCAACCCUGGAUCUGGGUGACAUAGGCGAAUUACCCUUCGAUUCCGAUGCGCAUCUGUCUCGAAGGCAAAUCAUUACCCUUGCAGAGGACAGCAGCCAAUUUCUGCAGGAAUCCAUCGAAAUGGAAGUGGGGCGUAGGGGCCCCGAAGGGAAGGAUAUCGGCUUUGGUCUGCAACUUGAUGAUCUCGAUCUUGAUGUUGGCGACGAGGCUGAGACCCCAAGGCCACAGCGAGCUACCCCCGAGGUUGGAAGGAGAGAACUCCCGGCGAGGGAUUUUAGAGACGACCUGUUGUCGGAAACUAUGGAAGUGGAAUAUGAGGCAGAAGCAAAGAGGGAUGAACCUGAGAUAGGGCUUGCGCCCCCGGAGGAAGAUUUGGAAUCAGUUCAUGAAGCCCCAUCGAUUCAUGAUGUUCCGCAUUUCGCACGUGACUCUUCGGAAUCCCCGCUUUCUUCAGCCCGUAGCAGCGUUGUGCGCGACCUCGAGGCAGACCUUCAACAGCAGGGCAGUUUUGUGGAUAUCAGCUAUAUCGACGAGGCUCUUCGUGAGCCGAGUGAGGAACCGGAAGAGAUACUCGCACACCGACGCCAGGUGCGUGGGAGAAGAGUUAUGGUUGACUCUGUGACGGAAAUUCGCGCGAAGCAGAUUAAGGCUCAACAGGAAGAUCGCAGUAAGAUUUUGAUUGAGCCUAACUUUUUGCCCAGAGAUCCCGGGCUUUUGGCCCUCUUGAGCUUGCAGAAGACUAGGGGUUUCGUGCAGAAUGUAUUUUACCCCAAGAACAUAGCCCCCGAAUUGGCUAGCUUCUUGAGCCCUGAAUUCGUGAGAAGGAUGGCCGAACUCAAGAGAAAGAGGGAAGGUGAGGGUGAAGAAGCUAUGGAGCGUGCCGAGGGCCCGAGCCCGGUGAAGCACCCUAGAUUGGAAAUUGAGGAGGGUGAGGAGGAAAUCUUGCCCCCUCCUGAGGAUGUGGAGGAACGUGCCAGAGCGGAGGCCGCAGCAAGCCCCGAAGAAGGCGCAGGCGAUGAAAUGUUUGAAUUUCCUCAACCCGAACCGGCCCCACCAAUGGCUAUGGAAGAGGAAAGUUUUCUACCGCAGGUCGCCCAACCCCUCUCUCAGCAAACGCGAGCCGCCGUCCAUCUCCUGAGAGAACAAUUCUCCGAGCCCUUGGCAAAGAAACAGGUUGUCUUCCAAGACCUCCUCCCCCAUGAAUCCACAACUGCAACCGACGCCACAAAGAUGUUCUUUGAAGUGCUCGUCCUAGCUACCAAGGACGCCAUCGGUGUAAAGCAAGACGGUGGAUUCGGCAGGAUUGAGAUCUCACCGAAAAAGGCACUGUGGGGCGCCUGGGCGGAGGAGAAGGAUGAGCAGCAGAUCCAGGAAGAGAAAGAGCAACAGCAAGAGGAGGAGAAUGCGAAAGAGGGAGGAGAGGGCCAACAUCGUGGCAGGGAGAUGGUCGUUGGAGUCGGCAGGACUGCGGCUGAGGGGACUGCGGCUGCCUGAGUUUUCCAUAAAUAAUGGGGAUAGGGGUUUGUUACGGAAAAGGGAGUUGGGUGUUUUUCUUCUCUUUUUCAUUUCAUUUCAUUCUUUUGCUUUUGUUUUACCUCCACCCUUCGUAUCACCUCUUGCUUACCAACCUGGAUGGGUAAUGAUCUUUUUCUUCUUUUGGACAGUAGUGGGAGGGAUGUUGACCUUUUGGAAUUCUGUGAAAAAGGGUUGGUAGUGGCGAGCAGUAUGUGGAUGGGAUAGGAUAGACAAAGAUACCAUAUUCGAGUUCGUAUUGGGGGGGAAAGAGAGAAGGGAAGAAGGAAAGAAGGGGAAAAAAUCAUAUCCUUGAUGAUCUCUUUUCUUUUAUCCUUUUGGAUUGGAUCAGAGGCUAAGUCGUUAUUUUGUUUUCUCAUGUUCAUGGACAACCUCUCUUUCUUUCUUUACCUUCCUUCUAUGCGCCCGGUUGUGUGUACUGUAUGGGUUGUAUAUUACAGCAAAGCAGAGCAGAGCGAAACAAUGCCACGAGAAACGGAGGAAGUUUUUCUUUUUUUCUUUACUUUACUCUGCUUUUCGAGGUUCCUUUUUCCUUUGUAUUGUUCUUUUUGAAUCGUGUAUGUUUGGAACCCCUGCCCUGGUCUUGUGGGGGUUGUACUGUACUCUAUGUUGGUUCCUUGUACUCCGGGUAAUAUAAGCUAGUUGAAAAUUG